GAAGAGAGGGAAGCUUCUGCAGUAGCUCGAUCCGUGGAGGAAAAAAAUCCAGCAACAAUCAUGCCGAUGUUCGUGGUGAACACCAACGUGGCCAAAAGCGACGUCCCUGCGGCUCUUCUGUCCGAGGCCACGGAGGAACUGGCCAAAGCCAUGGGCAAACCCGUGCAGUACAUUGCUGUGCACAUCAAUCCUGACCAGAUGAUGAUGUUUGGAGGAAAGGGAGACCCCUGCGCACUCUGCUCCCUCCACAGCAUUGGUAAGAUCAGCGGCGCUCACAACAAGCACUACUCGAAACUCCUGUGCGGGCUGCUCAACAAACACCUGGGCAUCUCUUCUGACAGGAUUUACAUUAACUUUGUGGAUAUGGAUGCAGCCAACGUGGCCUGGAACAACACUACGUUUGGCUGAGAUGGAGGUCACCGCUCUGAAACAGAAGACCAUUCCAACAUUUUCCUACUUUACAAACCUAGUCAAAAGUGUUAAAAUGAAGAACAAAGACAUUGAGAAGCUGAGUUGGAAUAGCCAGAAUACUGUAGAGCUUGUCUAAGAAGCACUUAACUGGACCCUUUUGCUUUGCACUGAUCCUUUGCUGUUCAAAUAAAUCAAUCAAACCCUGU